ACAACGCCGCAAUGUGUGGCGUCAUGAAGCCGAAGAAGAAACCGACAACAACGAAAGCGUACAGUUGCACGCACUCAUGAAAGUUAUGCUGUGGAUGUUGUAUCCCGGCUCCACUUUCACGUAAACCAAGUACGUCCGGCACUUGGACCGUCUGUUGGUCUUCACUCAUUGGGGAAACAUGUAUCGCGGUCAGCCUCCACCGAGGGGCCCUUACCCGCCAUCUUUCGAGGACCGCGGCCGACCGCCAUUGCAGCCUUACCCACCACCAGGCCGCGGAAGGAGCCGAGGCAGACCUCCACACCACUACGAGCCUUACCCACCACCAGGCCGAGGCAGACCUCCACACCACUCCGAGCCUUACCCACCACCAAGCCACGGAAGGAGCCGAGGCAGACCUCCACACCACUCCGAGCACCACGACCACGGCUAUCCGGACCACCGGCGCUCGCCGCCGCACGGAAAAUACCCUCCUUCGCCCUCAAGAGACUACCAUAGUCGAGGGCACUCGUCCGGAUCUCCGCACCGAGAGAGGUCUCACUCGCCCCGCCCGGGGCAUCCCAUCAACCACAACCUCGUCAUCACCGUUGGCAACGAGCUCACAGGCUCCUCCUCACAUCACCACGACAGGGACCUACACCACAAGCAUGAGCACAGUCACAGCCGAGAGCGAAGUCCGGACCGGAGCCGGGCAAAAAGUCGAGGACGCAGCAAGAGCCGGGCGAGGAGCAAGAGCCGGGCGAGGAGCAAGAGCCGGGCAAGGAGCAAGAGUCGCAGUUUGGACCGCAGCCGGGCUAAGAGCCGGGGUCGCAGUAAGAGCCGCCCUCGCCUUAGGUCUAGAUCCAAGUCCAGAUCCAGUUCUAGAUCCAGGUCCACAGGGAGGAGCCAUGGUCGGUCCUCGCCAAGUCGGAACCACAGCAAAAGCAGGAGGAGUCGAAGCAGCUCCAGCAGUAGCGCUGAACGAGGAAGCAGGAGAAACUUGAACCAGCUGCGAGGCGUUGGCCGCAGGAAGGCGCUGGAGGACACUUGGAGUCUGCCCACCAAGUCCAUACUGAAGAAACACGGCGAAAACGAAGACUCGCCAUCACUAAGGAGCACAGACUCGCAGAGAGAAGCGGCGGGGUCCACCAUUUCUACCGUGGCCGAGCAACUGCUGCAGGCUUGCAGAGGGAUGGAGCCGGCCGCCAUGGCAUCCAUGUUGAUGCAGCUGCAGUCCGACCCGCUGAUCGCUCAGAGUGUGGACAUCAAGGAGAUCGUCAACCUACUGGACGCCGGCAUGAGCAGAACAGCAGAGAGCCCAGAAAAGACGGCGGCGGACAUGGACGACGAGGAGAAGUUCCUGUACGGGGAGUCUUUGGAGCCCAAAUAUUCGGCGCAGUCUCAGCCGGCCCAGAGCCACACGUUUGAUCUUUACGAGGACGUAACGGAGGAGGCGCUGUACAGCGAUUAUCUGCCUCGCGCCGCCUCCCCCAUGUAUGGCACCCCACCUGUGGCGUUGCCCCACCUCCAGGCCCCUCCUACCACCAGCGACGUGGACGCUAUCUGGCCUCCCUCCGGCCUCAAGCCCAACAGCGCCGCCCCGGUGUCGACUUCUGCCCCCGAGUCAGAAGAAGUGACGCACAAGCAGGAUUCGGACAAGUACCAGAACAUCCAGGAUUUGCUGAAAACCAUCGGCUUGGACCUCGGCGUGACCGAGAUAACUAAAAUGGCCGCCAGGACCAAGGAGCGGCUGGAGGGAAACAAGCCCGCCCGCAAGACGCCGACGAAGCGCAGACGCCACUCGUCCAGCAGCUCGGAGGAAAGCCGCGGAAGGCGGAGCCACAGUAGUAGUAGCAGCAGCAGCAGCAGCUCGGACUCCAGCGGCGAUGCCGCCGCACCCGCACGCGCCGCCUCCAAAGAGUCGCAGCAGCAAGCGUCCGACACCAUGACGGCACCGCCCGUGCUGCCCGUCCCCUCCUACCCCCCACCCCAGGUGCACAACAUGAUGCCCGCCGCCUACCAGCCCGCCGGCUACGGCCAGUACGGUGGCUUCGUGCCAUACACACAGCCGCAGUGGUCGUCCAUGUACCCUGCGCCCAACAACUUCCACCCCUCCCUGCCGUACAACCAGCCGUACAACCAACACCCACCCCUCGAACGCAAGGUCAAAGCGUCUCCCGUCCUCGUCCAGGUGUCAGAGCUGGAAAACAAUGAGAGCGAGAAGCAGAAGGUACUGGAGGAGCGUGAGAACCUGAAACAGGAGCGGGACAUGCGGAUGAAAAAGAAGGAAUACCUCAUGAAAGAAUUGGAGGAGCUACGCAAGCAGCAAGGUGAGCUGCUGAGGAAGAAGAGGCGAGAGAAAGAUGGCCACAAAGACCCGCUGCUGCAGGAGAUCGGCCGCCUGCAGGAGGACGUCAUCAAACGGAUCUCCAACCUCCGCAAGGAGCACGAGGCCGCCGAGAAGAAACACAGCGAGAUCGACAAAGUGGCGCUCAUCCUGGGGCUGAGCGCUUCCGACCGCCCCCACAGGCUGGCUGACACGCAGGAGGACGACGCCUCGCAGCCCCGCAGCAAAAUGCAGGCGAUUGAGCACAGCCCUGGACGCCAACAAGAUGGCAGCAUGUCUCAGAAGCAGAAAGUCCCGGAACCCAAGCCGCCGGUCAUUUCACAGACUCCGCUCCCUAACCCGUUUGAGUACUACGACGCCGGCAACCACUGGUGUAAAAACUGUAACACCACCUGCGGCUCCAUGUUUGAUUUUUUUACCCACUUGCACAGCAAAACGCACUGGAAGACGCUGGACCCUUACCACAGGCCUUGGGCUUCGUCGCUGUCCGAAGUCCUUCAGAGCAAACCACCAACAGAAGAGAAGCUAACAAAACCAGCCAAAGGUUCGGAGUUCCUACUUCCUGUCCGAGGAUUUUUCUGUCUGCUGUGUAAGAAGUUCUUUGGAGACGGCAUCUGUGCAGAAGAGCACACUACCACUCACUUUCACAACGACUGCUACAAGAAAAAAAUGUACGAAAAUCCGCUGUACGAGCAGAGAAGGAACCUGGACCGGCAAGCCGGGCUGGUCGCUGACGUGACUGCAAAGAAGCUGGAGAAGGACAAGAGCGGCAAAAAGAAAGCCAAGAAGGAAAAACAAGAUGAAGAGCGUGCAUUGAAAGUGGAAAAAGAGGAAGAGAAGGCAAAAGCUCUAAAGAUAGAGGAUGAGUUCAAAAUAAGCAAGACUCGAGAUGAGCACAGUCCUUGUCCCAGCAAGAAAUACAAGGAUGAAAAGUAUGAGUCCAAGAAGAAGGACAAGUGCUAUCCUGACAGAGAGGAAGACGUCAGGCUCAAGUACAUCAGGAGAGAUGAGGAGGAGCCAGGUAUCCGUCGUUAUCGACAUCACAGACAGGAAGAGGACAAGUACGACCGACGGCCCCGAUACGACCCGAGAGACGAGGACAAGCACAAAUUUGCGAAAUAUUCCGAGGGCUAUUCCAAGAACGAGCGUGAACGAGAAGUCAGGAGCGUGGAGAAGGACACAUCGAACAAAAGCGAAGCUACGCCAGAAGCAAACAAGCAACCGAAGCCUUACGAUCCGCCCAAAGUCAUGAGUGGACCGAGUCCGGCAAUGAGAGCUAAACUCCGCAAGCAAAGCUUGGAAGCAACCAAGCACGCGGCUGUGACCUCGGCGCCUACCUUUGGGAGGUUUACUUGGAAGAAAAAGGAGAGUCAGCUGGCUCUGGAUGCCAAGAAAGAGGCCGCCCAGUUCAUCAAGGAGGAGGAAGAAGCCUUGGAAAAAGCCAAAGCCACGAACAAAGCUGACGGUAGUUCCACUGACGACACUUUUGCAAAGUCCAUAGCCCUCGCCCAAGAGAUCGCUCAAAAGAUGUGUGGGAAUAGAAGGACCAUGCCUUGGGCGUCAAAGGGGGUCAGACAAUCUCAGAUCCGACCCAACUUUCCUGUCCCUGCCUCAGAAUUCAAUACAACAGUCAUGACGGGAAAAGCCGCACCGUUUGUAAAACCCCAGAGCUCAGGUAGUCCAACAGAGACUAAACCUAUUUUCGCAGCUUCUAACACAAAGUUCGGUCCUCAUCCCCCUGUGUCUUAUCCUUCCCCACUUGUUAAAUCUUUGCAACGGUUUCCGGCUCCUCAUGUCCCACUUGUGUCUCAAUCUGUGCAGAGGUUUUCUAGUCCUCUUGGCCCAACUGUGUCUAAAUCUCUGCAAUAUUUUCCUUGUUCUACUGGCCCAGCAGUCCCCAGACCAGUUCUGACUGUGUCUCAGCCUGCCUCGUUAGUCCCCAGCCUCGCUCCCGCUGUGUCUCAGCCUGCCUCCUCAGUCCCCAGCCUAGCUCCGGCUGUGUCUCAGCCUGCCUCCUCAGUCCCCAGCCUAGCUCCGACUGUGUCUCAGCCUGCCUCCUCAGUCCCCAGCCUAGCUCCGACUGUGUCUCAGCCUGCCUCCUCAGUCCCCAGAUCCGCUUUGCUUGUGUCAAAUUCUGCCUUCUCGGUUUCCAAAGCAUCUCCACCUGCAUCUUUAUGGAUAACUAGUCCUGAUCCGAAACUGUCUGGGCUUGCGCCAUUGGUGGCUGACCCAGUUCGCCAAGAGUCGAAACCUAACACGGCAGACGCCGCUCCAUUUGAAACAUCAACAAACGAGCCAGAUGUGGCAGCUCCCGGUGUGCCCGAGAGUGAGCAGACUCAGGCCGUGUUUGUCAAGCCCCCACCGUUCAUCAACACAAGUGAAGGAUCUAAGAGGUCUGAGAAACCAAAAAGUAACCUGGCUGCAGCCAAAGCCCAGGAGUUAUUUGGCAUCUUCUACAGCAGCAUAGGCAAGCCAGGACCUUUGUCGUUUACAAAGUCGACUACAGCCAACAGGGGUGAAAAGAGUAUCACCCAGUCCAUUAGCAGUCCUUCUCCAAGCCAACGAGCUCCACAACCUUCUAACACACCUCAGCAGACACAAAAUAGUAUGCCACAAACCCCAGAACCAGAGCCCCAGUUGGAUAUUCACAUUGAAUCUGUUUGGUCUUUACAGACUGGCUUGGACUUAGCAUCUGAGAGGGUUCUGAGUGCGCAUGAUCAUGAACCUGCUAAGACAGCACCCACGUCACAAAGGCAGCAUGAGGAAAAAACAGUUUCAGAACCCAAAAUACACAAUGAUACCCCAACUCAAGACCUUCCAGAACCUGCUAGGAUAGCACCCACGUCACAAAGUCAACAUGAGGGAAAAAACGUCUCUGAAACCAAAGUACCCGACGAUACCCCAAUUCAAGACCUUCCUGAACCUGCUAAGAUAACACCUACGUCACAAAGUCAGGACCAGGAAAAAACGGUUUCUGAAUCCAAAAUACACAACGAUACCCCAAUUCAAGACCUUCCCGAACCUGCUAAGAUAACACCUACGUCACAAAGUCAGGACCAGGAAAAAACAGUUACUGAAUCCAAAAUACACAACGAUACCCCAAUUCAAGACCUUCUAGAAACACUUCCAGUAACGGAUCAUGAAUCCACACCUUGUCCUAGCUCUCAAGGAAAAACUGCUCAAAAGAGAAGUCCUACCGUUCGCACCACCCCUGUACGACAAACACGAUCCAAAACCAGAUCCCAGACCAGGCAGCAGCAUUUUCAUGUCCAGUCAGAACCAGAGCCGGCCUUGGGAGUUUCUGACUUAAACAUCGUGGAAUUCUCGGAUCAGGACUCUGGGCCACAUCAAGACCGCAAGGAGAUUCCCGAAGCGUUGGAAACAUCUGAAAAUGUGGACAUGACCAUUCCAGACUCCCAGUUGACUUUGAGUUCAACGGGGUCGGACUGAGAAUCCGGGAUGAUGAAUUCAGUCAAUGAAGUUUCCAGGAUCAUGGAUCCACAGGAUCAAACUUUUGUCUGCUAAGAAUAGUUGCUUUUGGAACGCUCUUACCGUAUUUUCCGCACCAUAAGGCGCCCCGUGUUAUUAGCCGCACGUUUAAUGAACGGCAUAUUUCAAAACUUUGUUUACCUAUUAGCCGCCCCGUGCUAUUAGCCGCACCUACGCUACGCUAAAGGGAAUGUCAACAAAACAGUCAGAUAGGUCUGUCAAACUUUAAUAAUAUAUUACAAACCAGCGUUCUAACAACUCUGUUCACUCCCAAAAUGUAAUGUGCAAAUGUGCAAUCACAAAAAUAGUAACACUCAAAAUAGUGCAGAGCAAUAGCAACAUCAAUAACUCAACGUUGCUCAUACGUUAGUGUCACACAACACACAAAAUAAACAUUUAAAGCUCACUUUCUGAAGUUAUUACUCAUCCACAAAUCCCUCAAAUUCUUCUUCUUCGAUGGGCUUCACUUGUUUUUUGACACCAUCGAUGAUGUGGACGCGCAUGCAGUCGUAGAUCAACAGGAACGGCGCUGCGUGAAAAAAGUCACCCGGUGUCUUCGCGUAAACGUCUAUCAACCACUCGCUCAUCUUUUCUUCAUCCAUCCAUCCCUUCGAGUUAGCUUUUAUGAUGACGCCGGCUGGAAAGUUCUCUUUUGGCAAGGUCUUCCUUUUGAAUAUCACCGUGGGUGGAAGUUUCUGGCCGUUAGCAUGGCAAGCUAGAACCACAGUAGGACGACUUCUCAUUCCCUGUGGUGCGAAUAUUCACCGUACGUGUUCCCGUUGUAUCCACAGUGCGGUUCACAUGAAUAUCAAAAGUCAGUGGAACCUUGUACGCGUGUCUCUUAGUAGGAGACAUUUUGUUGUCUUUACAGAAAAACAAAUGAAAUUAAAUAUCCGCGAGCUUCUUCUUCUACGGGGGCGGGUGCUCACCUUGGCGGUUGCUUACAGUAGAAGAAGAAGCUCUUCCUCUUCUAUGGGGGCGGUUGCUUACCGUAGAAGAAGAAGCGCUUCCUCUUUUACGGGGAAAAAAGAUGGCGACUGUUUACCGUAGUUGCGAGACCUAAACCUUAUGAAAAUAAAUAUGAAUAUUAAUCCAUAUAUAAGGCGCACCGGGUUAUUAGCCGCACUGUCUGCUUUUGACAAAAAUUGUGGUUUUUAGGUGCGGCUUAUGGUGCGGAAAAUACGGUACUUUUGAUCCCAGAUUCCAUUACAGUUUUUCCUCUGUUAUACAGGGAUUAGUCCGGUCCUGACAGAGACCCAUUCAGUGUUUUUUAUUUUAUUUUAAAAAGAAAACAUUUGUCAUUCUGAAGUUGUAAAGAAAGUUAAGGAAGACUCCAAGUAAGGAUGGUUCCCCGUCUAGUUCUGCUUCAUUUAAUCGGAGUAGCUUCUGCCUCACGCUCGCUCGAAAAUUUGCUCAGACUGCAUUUUUCUGCUGGUCUUUCCUGGAGGUCUGACACGGGAUGCAUGCCCACUUAGUCCAGGACCUUGGCGUGUGUUCAAUCCAGGAAGGAGAUGAAUUCCCUCAAUGUACAUAAUUCACAUCCGUUUGUCUAAAGUUGUUUUUAUUAAAAGUUCCUUUGAG